GCAGCAGCAGCAGCAGCGGCGGGAGCAGCAGCAGCGUUUCUUUCCAUGGAUUGAAGGGAGGAAAUCCUCUUCUCCGGCGUCGCCUGCAUGCAAAUGGAGCCGAGCGGGACAGAAUAAGGCUGGGUUAACACACUCAUCUGUAACCAACACUUGACUUUGCGAGGAGGGGGAGCUUUUUCCUCGAGGCACCACCGCUGACGAAUUUCCCAGAGCCUCCACAAAGGCUCAUACAGGUGACAAGUGUGUCCAACUUCGCCGCACCGCCCGCAUUGACGCGCUCGGAGUGCGUUUUGUCCAGCGGCGGUGCGCUGCGUGAGACCCGCCGCUCUUGUUUUGACGUGACAUUUCGCUUGAGCUGCAGCGCAUAUGUGUCCACAUAUGACGCAUUUGCGCCUUCAGCUGUUUUUUUCCAAAGCCGGGGUCUGGACGCUGGAGUGUUGCUUUUUUUCGGACAAGUUUUCCCGUUCUGAUUGGUAUGUUCGUCAUGUCCGCCUGGGUUAACUUGCGCGUUUCUCUGUAGAGUCACACAGAGCCGCGCUCGGUGCAGAAGUUGGUUGGGAAUAAUAAUAACAACAGUGCGGAGCGCAGAGGAGGAAAAAAGAAGAGGUGACAGCGGCGUUCAGGGGGAUGUUGAGCGGCAGAAUUUACUACCAGCAUCAUCAGCAUCUCCGUGUGAUGGGACUAGCGGCUGCUCACUCCUCUUCAUCUACAUACUAACAGUUUUUGCAGAAGCCUGCCAGUGAAUUUCAGCUCCUGAAACCACAGCUGCGUAAACUUGGCCAGAUCUGGUGACAUUGUACCCUCUGUCUGCGUGUGUGUGCGUGUGUGUGUGUGUGUGCAUGUGUGUGUGUGUGCGCUGAGCAGCCUGGAUGGAUAUGCGGCUCACCGAGGGAAUUUGAAAGGCAAGGGGGGAUUACUAUCAGUCCCUUUCCUAUUAUAACCUCAAAAUGGAUGCCGACGACAGGCUGUGGAGACGCCACUGGAUUAGCCACUCUCCCGCAGAUCUGCUUGACAUCUGAGCGGCACGAACGUUCAAAGUUUGGAUAAUCUAAAAGGCUGAAGGUGCAGGAUGCAGUCUGGAGUGAAGACGCUCUCCGCAGGUGGAGGUGCGUCACUCUGCUGCCUGCUGCUUCUCUGGCUCAUCUACUCCCAUCUGCUCAGAGAGGGCCAGUUGGCGGUGGGAACCUGCGAGAUAGUGAUGCUCAACAGAGACAGCAGUGUUCCCAGACGGACCAUUGCUAGGCAGACAGCCCGCUGCGCCUGCCGGAGAGGCCAGAUCGCCGGGACCACCAGGGCAAGGCCGGCAUGUGUAGACGCGCGAAUCGUGCGGAGCCGUCAGUGGUGUGAGAUGGCUCCCUGCCUGGAGGGGGAGGUCUGCAGCCUCCUGUUUAACCGAUCCGGCUGGACCUGCACCAGGGGCAGUGGUCGCAUCAAGACCGUCACGCCUUUGCCCAAGGAGCCAUCGUAGGAUGCAGAGAAAACAGCAAGUAUGUUCAUAGACAUCCACACUACAAACGGAACUGAGGCCAGUCACUUCACCAAAACAUUGUGUCCAUUCACCAACAAGACUCCCAGACUUAACAACAGGUUUGAAAAAAAAAAAAAAUAAUAAUAAUCCAGAGCUUCUCCAAGCACCACAGUGAAAGACUCUUGGCACACUUCUGAGAACUCUGAGAAGUCUCAAGUGAGCAGCAUGGUACACCGUCGGCACUGAAUCUUCAUAGAACAAAAUCCCUGUGAGGAACAUUUAUCAACAGGGCAGUGGAAUAUUCAUUGAAGUACAUUACCGUUUUUCUUUUUGUCCUUGUUAUCCAACACCGGGUCUGCAGGGGAAGGCUCCUUGAAGGUUUUUUUGUACCUUUGUGGCUUGAUUUAGACUUGUCAGAAGGUCUUUCAGAAGUCGGCCCCUUCAUCUUCUUUACUAUCCCCGUUAUGAAGCUGUCCAAGGGUUAUAUUCCAGCCAAGUUUCUUUAAUGACAGCUCACUGCUAAGGACUCGUGACUUUACGGAGUGUCCACUGGAUUCUUCUCUGAUUUGGGUGGGUGAAACUUUACGUCUCCAAAAUCUCUGCAUACACAGGACGGACGUUGUACAAAAAAAAACAGACAAAAAAAAACAAAAAAAAAAACGCAUGAAAGUCUUUUGGAAUGUCACAGGAGACGUCAGAGAUGAGUUGACUGUCUUUACUCAAUGACUGAAGGUCAUGAUGAUGAAAUGCGGACAAUUUGGACAACUUAGCUUAUAACUUAUGUUUUUUAUGUGGUGCCAACAUAGACUAGAAGAGUAGUUUUUGUCAAUGAACCUCACACAUCUUGUACACACCACUGGGAGCAUUUAGCAGAUGUGGACCCCUGGCUCAUUUUAAUGGUCUAUACUGUGUGUGUGUGUGUGUGUGUGUGUGUGUGUGCGUGUGUGUGUGUGUGUGUGUGCGCAUGUUUGCAUCUCUCCAUGUGUGCAUACAGUAUGUGUGUGUAUGCUUGUGUGCUUGUGUGUGAGUGUGUGCACAUCCAGAGAUACACUGUGAAAUAAGUCAUAUCUGAUGCAUUAUUCAUACUCUUGUAUAUUUUUGGGACACACCCAGACCAGAGCUCACCAUCUGGCAAGAGAAGCAUUCGUGAUUUUACAGAUGUUGGAUCUCAUUUGAAUCUUCUCGGAUGAAUCCUGGGUUUGCCUUUUCUUUUCUUUCGUGUCUUUUCUUUAGUACAUAGAGAUAUUUAUAUUGGGGGAAAUAUUAUUGAAACUGGGGACAGAUCUGCAGUGUGUCACAUAAGUUAAAUUCUGUAAUUAAAAUCAAUUCAUGCGUGAUUAAAUGUAUUCAGAAUCCUUGUCUAAAUCAACUAUAUUUUGAUAUGAAAUGUUUUGGCCAGCUGGACGUGCUAUUUGCUGAUUUCAGAUGCUUGAUAUAUUUCAAACUAUGUAUAUAUAUAUAUAUAUAUUCAAUCAAUGUAUUUUAUGUUCUGUGGGUCUCAUUCCAAGAGGAGGUAAAGAAAAGGAGGAGCACAAGAGGCAUUCUUUCAAGAGAAGUACAAAAGGUGGACACAAUAAUACGAACACCAGUAAGAUAUUUCAAAACCACAGAAUAAAAUGAAACACAACCCAAAUACCACAACGUAACAAUAAUUGCUGCAGGGUGAUUGCAAUAGAUUGCAUAAUAUUGUACAGGUGUUCCUGUUAUUGCGUCUACCCCCUGUUUUUUCAUUUCUUUGUACUAAAGAAUCCUGUACAUCUCCAUCUUAAUGUAUGCAUUUGAGGAUAUAAAGAGAGCGUCCGCUCCCGGGA